AUGUCGGCCGUUGGGCUAGUUGGAGUUUUUGGGCUGAUUUUGCUUCCCGUCGCCCACACUACUGUAGUAAAUCCUUUCCAGGAAGACCUUACCUAUAGUGGCAUUAAUAUUGAACGAAUGGAGGGUUUCAUGGGACGUCUACACCCAGUGCAAUGUAAUCAUUACAAGCCUCUGUGUCAUAAGUUCAUGAAAUGUUUCGGAAAUUGCGAAGAUUUUUUCAUUCCUGCCAGUGACUUGAAUGAAGUCAACAAAGAAGACCUCACCGAUGAGCAGAAGGAAAGAGCAAAAACUAUCAAGACAAAUCCAUGUGUAGCCAUGUUUGCAUACUGUCUAUCUGUCGAUUACUUUCAACUAGCUGCAGUUCUCGACCUCACGACACCAGACGCUUUUUGA